CUCGCGGCGCCUGCGCAGAGCGGCGGCUUCUCUCGCGAGGACGGACGCCAUUAUCGCAUCUCCCCGACAAACACCACGAGAAUUCCGCAGCCCACACGGUUCUCCUGAAUCAGUUCAUGUGGGUUCUGCCUGCCUCUGAAUCCUGGAGCAGUUGCUGAGGAUGAUGAAGGUUGAAGAAACUCCCAGUGUUUCGCACAGACACCAGGUUCAGAGAAUAUUACUGCAUGUAACUGAGGUGACAGAAUCCUAGUCCUGCGUGAGUUUAGUUCUUGCUGGUUGACUGGCCCCUCUCCUCUCGUUCUGGAUGAUGUCAGAACAGGAUCUGGCGGACGUGGUACAGAUUGCAGUGGAAGACCUGAGUCCCCAUCACCCAGUUGUACUGGAGAAUCAUGUAGUGACAGACGAGGAUGAACCAGCUUUGAAACGCCAGCGACUAGAGAUCAAUUGCCAGGACCCCUCCAUAAAGUCAUUCCUGUAUUCCAUUAACCAGACAAUAUGCUUACGAUUGGAUAGCAUUGAAGCCAAGCUGCAAGCUCUCGAGGCCACUUGUAAAUCAUUGGAAGAAAAGCUGGACCUGGUUACGAACAAGCAGCACAGUCCCAUCCAAGUCCCCAUGGUGGCUGGCUCCCCUCUCGGCGCCACGCAGACUUGCAACAAAGUGCGAUGCGUCGUCCCCCAGACUACAGUAAUACUCAACAGUGAUCGGCAGAACGCCAUUGUAGCCAAGAUGGAAGACCCCUUGAGCAGCAGGGCACCGGAUUCCCUGGAAAAUAUCAUUAGCAAUGCGGUUCCUGGGCGUCGGCAGAACACGAUCGUGGUGAAGGUGCCGGGACAAGAAGACAGCCACAACGAGGAUGGGGAGAGCGGGUCGGAGGCCAGCGACUCCGUUUCCACCUGUGGACAGUCAGGGAGUCAGAACAUCGGAAACAACGUCACCCUCAUCACCCUGAACUCAGAAGAGGACUACCCCAACGGCACCUGGCUGGGGGACGAGAACAACCCCGAGAUGCGCGUGCGCUGUGCCAUCAUCCCCUCCGACAUGCUGCACAUCAGCACCAACUGUCGCACCGCCGAGAAGAUGGCGCUGACGCUGCUGGACUACCUCUUCCACCGGGAGGUGCAGGCUGUCUCCAACCUGUCAGGCCAGGGGAAGCACGGCAAGAAGCAACUUGACCCCCUCACCAUCUACGGGAUCCGGUGUCACCUCUUCUAUAAAUUUGGCAUCACGGAAUCAGACUGGUACCGAAUCAAACAGAGCAUCGACUCCAAAUGCCGGACAGCCUGGCGGCGGAAACAGCGAGGUCAGAGCCUGGCUGUCAAGAGCUUUUCUCGGAGAACGCCGUCCUCAUCCUCGUACAGUGCAUCAGAGAGCAUCAUGACCACACCGCCGCCCGCCACUGAGAUGCCCCAGCCCCAGCCGCAGGCCCUGCACUACGCCCUGGCCAAUGCCCAGCAAGUCCAGAUCCACCAGAUCGGAGAGGACGGACAGGUCCAAGUAAUCCCACAGGGUCACCUCCACAUCGCCCAGGUGCCUCAGGGGGAGCAGGUGCAGAUCACGCAGGACAGCGAGGGCAAUCUACAGAUACACCACGUGGGACAGGAUGGGCAGGUGCUGCAAGGAGCCCAGCUGAUAGCCGUGGCCUCUUCGGAUCCUGCUGCUGCAGGCGUGGACGGGUCUCCUCUCCAGGGCAGUGACAUCCAGGUGCAGUACGUCCAGCUGGCGCCGGUGACAGACCACACCACUGCAGCUCAGGGUGUAAUCUGUUGCUCUCAGUGCACCCCGUCAAGCUGGCUUCCGAGGCAUUGACGGCGCCCGGGCUCCUGGCCAUCUGGUGCAUCAAGAUAUUCCAGGAGCAUUUCGUAUUUCCCUGCCGAGACUGGGAUCGGCCAUCUCUCCAAGGAGUCCUGGUCACUUGUAGAGGAAGAUGGUAUUUAGAAGUGGAAUUCUGGGUCCUGGGGGUGUUCACGCCCCUGCUCCUGGGGUGUCCCAGCGGCAGCCCUCCCAGGGGACAGAACUGGGCAGUGUGUGUGUGUGUGUGUGUGUGUGUGUGUGUGUGUGUGUGUGUGUGAGAGUGAGUCCACACACACAUAGACAUUCGCAUCAGUGCACUCCCUCCCUCACGGGCUUAUAUCCACAUUUAUCUGUCACUGAGUUUCCCCGGUCAGCCAGUUGCCAGCUGCCUUCCCUUGUCGAGCCAUCCACGUUUUCAGUUCAUUGAUGUACAGAAUUCUUCACUUGAUCCACGCCAGUAUACUGUGGUCCUGAGGAAGCAUCUCUGUGAAGCCUGUGACUUGAUGGAAGGAGCACUCAGGGCUGCCCGGCAAACCUGGACUAGUGACAGAACUUAGAACAGAACUUGCCAUUGAGGCCCUCUGAACAACUUUCCAACCUCAGCUGUGUUCUUUGUAAGAGCAGAAGGUUGAAAAGCCCUCCGUGUCCACUGAUGAGAGAAUGAUUCUGUGAACCGGGGCUUCGGCGUCUGCCACGGAAUUCUUGACCCCCGAUGGAGGGUCAGGUCAGAAGGUGGUGGUGGGAGUUCUCCAGGCUGCGGCCUGUGGAGGUGAGAGGGGAAAAUGUUUUGGCGAAACAGCUUGGACUUGGCUCCAGAGCCGUGCAACAGAGGAGACAGCGCCCUGAUCCGUAUCCAAGGGAAGCUGGGACUCCCUGUUGGCUGGGGUCAUGAUGGAGCCCCCUAACUCACUCCAUGAAGACACCACCACUCCCUCCCUUGUGAGCCAGCAUACCUUCUGCUCAUUGGUCUUGCACGGAGCAAGGAAGGGACAGAGAGAAACACGUCCAAAUCAGAACUUGGUAAAUCCAGUAAAUCGGUGUUCACAGGCCCUUUCUUCCCUUUGCUGCUGGAGGUGCAUCCUGUCUCCUGCAUCUGGAUGUGGGUUUUCAGGAGAGUCAUGCCCUCCUGUGGCCCGUGUCCUUUGUUGAGGCGCCUGGCCGAUCCUUUGGGGCCAAGCCUGUCCCCUGCUCUGAGGACCUGUGGCCAUCAUUCCUUUGUUCCACUGCUGGGGCUCUGGCCUAUAGGGUCCCAUCCCCCUUUCUCUUCAGGUCCGGCUGUGGAAUAGGGUGGCUGGAGCCAAACGCAAUGAUGGAAAGGCUUCCAGGAGGGUCAGAUAGAGGGGCAGUGUGACUGCAGGUAGCCAUACGGUCCCACCCCCAAACAACUUGCCUUGAAAAUAAAGGAGCCCUCCUCUGCAGGAGCGAGUGAAACGGGUGUUCAGGAUUCAGGAAGCAGGUUCUCACUGUGGUGCCAAGGCCCCUCUGGACAGGCCAUCAGUCUUCACUCCAACCUCACGUGAGUGAAGCUGAUUCUCCUGAAACCCCUGUAGACUCCUCAGCCCCAACAUCCAGACCUCUCUGCCCGCCAAAGUCCUUUUUCAGCCUGAACUUCAUGGUCCUAGGCCCUUCUGGGAGGAGGAGGUCCCUAGUGAACUUUGGCCAUAUCCUCUGGUAUUUCUCUUUGUGGUCUAAGAAUAUCCUCUCAAGUGUCACAGGGACCUUCCUAUUCUCUGGUGGUGAUGGUACACUAAAAACCAAUGAACUGCACACUUCAUAUCAGUGAAAUGUAUGGUAUGUGAAUUAUAUCACAAUAAAGCUGUAGUUUUUGUAAAGGGCCUUAUUCUAAUUACA